AUGCCUAGCGAUCUCGAUAAACAGAUAGAGCAGCUGACGCGGUGCGAGCCUAUUUCGGAGGAACAGGUCAAGCGGCUAUGUUUGAAGGCUCGGGAGAUUCUGAUUGAAGAGGGAAACGUCCAAGUUGUGGAUUCGCCUGUAACGAUAUGUGGAGAUAUCCAUGGUCAGUUUUUCGACCUUAUGGAGCUGUUCAAGGUCGGCGGGUUCUGUCCAGAGACCAACUAUUUGUUCAUGGGCGACUUCGUCGACAGAGGCUUCUACAGCGUCGAAACUUUCCUCCUCCUCCUCGCGCUGAAAGUGCGCUACCCGGAGCGCAUCACGCUUAUUAGGGGCAACCACGAGUCGCGGCAGAUCACGCAGGUGUACGGCUUUUACGACGAAUGUCAGAGGAAGUAUGGUAGCAGCAAUGUGUGGCGGUGGUGCUGUGAGGUGUUUGAUUACCUUGCUCUGGGCGCGAUUGUGGAUGGUAGGGUGUUUUGUGUGCAUGGAGGGUUGAGUCCGAAUUUGAAUAGUAUUGAUCAGAUCCGCGCUAUAGACCGAAAACAGGAGGUGCCGCAUGACGGGCCUAUGUGUGAUCUGCUGUGGUCCGAUCCAGAUGAUAUCCAAGGAUGGGGUCUUUCGCCGCGCGGUGCCGGCUUCUUAUUCGGUGCGGACACGACGAAGAUUUUCGCACAUAAUAAUGCGAUCGACCUCAUCGCGCGCGCCCAUCAACUUGCAAUGGAAGGAUUCAAGCUUAUGUUUGAUCAGACGAUCGUGACUGUCUGGAGCGCACCGAAUUACUGUUAUCGGUGUGGGAAUGUAGCCUCCAUCCUCGAGCUCGAUGAACAUCUGGCACAGGAAUACAAGGUGUUUAACCAUGCGCCGGUGGACGUCAAAUCAAUACCUGCGAAACGACCUCCUGCGGAUUACUUUCUAUAG